UUUUCUCAUCAUACGUCAGCGAUGCUUGAUAUUCAGGUUCGUGCCGAAAUCUCUUAUAUUGUCAACGUGGAAGUUGGGAAAUUAAAGCGCGUGUUUUUUUGGUAAAUUUGUUUGGCAAGAAUUAAACGUAAGAUGUAUCCGUGAGAUGUGUUCGGACUAUUUCAAUAAGGUUCGCCUUGCAUGGAAAGAUGGACCUCAAUAGGAAAACCAAGUGUAAAAACACCUGCUCGUUGUUGAUCUCACUUUUCCUUCUAUUAUACGACUCGCCCCGAUGCAGCGCAGAUUUACAGGUUGGAUUGGCGUUCGAAGACAUUCUUCCCGAAGACAGAGCAACCUACGACAAAAUGAGACCACCAAAGAAGGACGGGAAACCGACCAUUGUUUAUUUCCACGUCACAGUAAUGGGCCUAGACAGUAUAGAUGAAGGAUCGAUGACGUACGCGGCGGAUAUCUUCUUUGCGCAAACCUGGAAGGAUAAUAGACUAAGACUGCCCGAAAACAUGACUUCGGAAUAUCGUCUGCUCGAAGUUGACUGGUUGAAGAAUAUGUGGAGGCCCGACUCGUUCUUUAAAAAUGCGAAAUCUGUCACAUUUCAAACGAUGACAAUCCCCAAUCACUAUCUUUGGUUGUAUAAAGACAAGACUAUUUUGUACAUGGUCAAGUUGACCUUGCGGCUUUCUUGUGCGAUGAACUUUAUGAUUUACCCUCAUGACACGCAGGAGUGUAAGCUGCAGAUGGAGAGCCUUUCUCACACUACCGAUGAUAUGAUAUUCCAAUGGGAUCCCGAUGUUCCUUUGGUGGUAGAUGAAAAUAUUGAAUUACCUCAGUUGGCGUUGGUAAAAAACUACACAGCAGAUUGCACCCAAGUGUACUCUACAGGAAACUUCACUUGCUUAGAGGUGGUAUUUGUCCUCAAGCGGCGAUUAGGUUACUAUCUGUUCCAUACCUAUAUCCCGACUUGCUUGAUAGUAAUUAUGUCGUGGGUGUCGUUUUGGAUCAAACCCGAAGCGGCCCCCGCCCGCGUUACCCUUGGCGUAACCUCACUCCUGACGCUUUCAACACAGCAUGCCAAAAGUCAAGCAGCUUUACCACCGGUCUCCUACCUAAAAGCCGUCGAUGCUUUCAUGUCAGUCUGCACUUUAUUUGUCUUCAUGGCGUUAAUGGAGUACUGCCUUGUAAAUAUAGUACUCGGUGACUCAGAUGGUCCAAAACCUCCACCUCAACCUCCCAAAAUGGAAACUAUAUUCGAUCUGGCGGGUAAAGAAAACUCAUUCUUGUUAACGACCACACCCCGACCCGUACCAGCGGUGUCACCGGCGCAGAAGGCACGAAACAGAGCUAUUUAUAUCGAUAGAUUUUCUAGGGUAUUUUUCCCAUUGUUAUUUUUCGUUUUGAACGGCACUUAUUGGAUACUUUUUGCGGAAUACAUAUAACCUUUA